AUGGCGUAUAGCGGGAACGGUGAAAUUGUUGUCGCGGAAAAAAUCCCCGGCCUUGUAAUUGUGGUGGCAGGUAGCGAAGGUAAUGAGCUACAGUACGGUGACAUGCAAUUCACUCGCGGCUGGCUGGAGCCAAGACUAUCUUUACCUGACGUUGAUGUCCGCGAUCUUAUUACCGCGCCAGCGACAACAAAAAAAACGACAAAGGAAGCGAUGGAAUGGCCUCCGAGAUUUAUGGAGGCGCGGCGCCUGUGGGGGCCUGUUAUUAUGUAA